AUGCAAGACGAUCCAGUACCUGUAGGUCCUCCAGGACCGCCUGGGCCUCAAGGACCGCAAGGAGCUCAAGGAGACACUGGACCGAUUGGACCACAGGGAGCUACCGGUGACCAGGGCCCCGCAGGAACAAAUGGCCAAGAUGGAGAGACUGGGCCUCCAGGGCCGAAAGGUGACACCGGCCCUCGAGGCUCGGUCGGUUCUGAAGGUCCGCCAGGUCCACCAGGCCCAACUGGCGCUCAAGGAAUCAAAGGUGAUGUUGGGCCACAGGGCCUUACCGGUUUGACUGGAGAUAUUGGUCCUGUUGGUCCUCAGGGAUUUGCUGGAGGAACUGGUGCUCAAGGGCCUCAAGGUCCUAAGGGAGACACUGGAGAUAUAGGACCCAAAGGUGAAGUUGGAUCGCCGGGGCCGAUAGGCUUGACAGGUGAUACUGGACCAGUUGGGCCACAGGGGCUAAAAGGGGACACUGGAGCUACUGGGAUUCAAGGCGAUGUUGGCUCUCAAGGUCCAUAUGGAGCAGUAGGACCCCAGGGACUAACGGGGCCAAAAGGUGAUACAGGUCCUCAAGGUAUACAGGGCUUACAAGGAGUGACUGGAGUGAUGGGCCCAAUAGGUAGUACUGGUUCCCAGGGACCAAUAGGACUAACUGGCGCUCAAGGGCCUCAAGGAGAUACUGGCAUUCCGGGAGAGACAGGAGCAACAGGCCUAAAGGGCGACACAGGUGAUUCAGGGCCUCAAGGUCUUCCAGGACCGAUGGGAGCGACUGGUCCUCAAGGCGAAACAGGGCUUCAAGGACCCAUGGGCCCAGCUGGCCCCGAAGGACCCAAGGGUGAUAUUGGCUCGCAGGGUGUACCCGGCGUAGCUGGUCUUCAAGGCACCACUGGACCACAAGGACUUCAAGGGCAAACGGGUGCCCAAGGUUUAACAGGAGCAACUGGUGCCCAGGGCCCAACUGGUACGACCGGUCCUCAAGGGCCAAAAGGGCCAGCAGGACCAAUUGGACCUCAAGGAGAUACAGGUGCCCAAGGCAUACAAGGUGCCCCAGGUCCAGCCGGCCCAACAGGCGGAAGAGGGCCAGCUGGUGCUGAUGGCGCUUCAGCUGGCUACACGACAAACUACGACUACAUUGGCUGCUAUUCCUCCAUCCUCGGCAAGUAUGGGUUCGAUACAUACGUGUACUCUGGGCCCUUGACAACAUCCGUGGAUGAUUGUGCAAAAACUUGUUCUACAAUUCAGAGUUCUGGCUAUCCCACGUAUUACUUUUCACUUGGAACAUCGCCUACAGGGGUCACGCAAUGCACAUGUGGAAAUGCUCUCGGAAUUUUAUCUGGAACCACAGAUAGAACUCUGUGCACCACUCCAUGCAACCUGACUUCGUCUAGCCGCCAGUAUUGUGGUUCAUCGAGCGGUUUGUUGGUAUCGAUGUUCACUGCCAUCUAG